GUUCAGAAAGAACCCACGGACCCUUUACUUGGCCGAGUGGCUUCAAACGUUACGGUGGUGUGGUCUCGUUCUGAUAUCGUUCGCUCCUCGGUCGUCGUCUUCUGUACGUUCGCAGUGUUCCGUGCCUCCACUGUAUACAAGAUUGCUUCUCUGCUAAUCUACCAGUAUCACACAUUGUUUGAAACUCAUCGAACACAGUAAAUGCACAAUAAUAAAUAGAUAGUGUGCGGACUAGAAAGUGGUGUUAUUUUGCGAAAACAAUAACAAAUUGAGUUGUGCAAUGUACUGCGUUUAGGUGUGUCGAAAACAGUGUUUGAAGACGCCGCAAUCCAAGUGACCGUAGGAAGUGAGGAAAGUUUUUCUAGUUGUCAUGAAGUGAAUCCGUUGGUGACCGUGAAAGCAUCUGAUUUACAGUAUCGCAGUAGGCGGUAGUGCAGUGUGUCGAUUACACAGUGAUUGUUUUUUUUUCUGGUGUUGUUCGUGUAGUAGGCUCAGUGUCCGAGAUGCCUGACCACGAUAUCGAAAUAAUAACAAGCGAGCAGUUGCACAGUGAGCUGCGAAAAUCGCACAAAAAUUUUAUCAUCCUCGACUGCCGCAGUUCGAAUGAGUUCACCGAGAGCCACAUCCGUACGGCGGUAAACUUCAGCAUUCCAAGCAUCAUGCUCCGACGGUUUGCCGCUGGCAAAAUCGACAUCACCUCAACGAUUAAGUGCCGAGAUUUGAAAGAAAGGAUACUGUCCUGCUACAAGGAGAGUACCUUCGUGUUGUACAACAAUAGCAACGAUGUGGUGAUCAAUGAUCCUGGGUACAAUAAUCAGACGACGAAUGACACUACCAUCAACGUGUUGCACAGAAAACUUAAGCAAGAUGGCUGCCGUGUAGUGUGUCUUGAAGGUGGCUAUGCGAACUUUCGGCAAUCGUUUCCGGAGUGGUGCGAGGAUGAAGUCAUCAACGCUAACCUGCAGUCUGGAUGUGCCGCUACCGAACAACUGAUGGGAUUGAGAUCGCUUCGCAUAUCGAUUCCGUUCUCGGACUCGGCCUGCAGCAGCAGUACCGAGUCGUCCGACUGCGAAAGUACAACGAACUAUCUCGCCGAACCGGUCAACGUCGAACCGGUCGAGAUCAUGUCCGGCCUCUUCCUCGGCAACGCUUCCCACAGCGAGGAUCUCAAAUCGCUGAAAAAGUACAAUAUAAAGUAUAUUUUAAAUGUUACACCAGACUUGCCAAACGUUUUUGAGCGCGAUGGACAUAUAAAGUAUCUACAGAUACCGAUUACCGAUCAUUGGUCCCAGGACGUGGCCGGGCAUUUUCCCAAUGCAAUAAAGUUUAUAGAUGAGGCCCGUUCCAAGGGUGUCGGUGUGCUAGUUCACUGCCUAGCGGGUGUCUCCCGAUCGGUGACAGUGACGCUAGCUUACAUCAUGUUCGCCAGGACACUCAGUUUGAACGAUGCAUUUUCCCUGGUGAGAGCCCGCAAGCCAGACGUUUCGCCCAACUUCCACUUCAUGGAGCAGCUGCAUACCUUUGAACGUCAACUGAACCUGGACGUCAGCCAUCGGGCAAAAUUGCUUCCUGCUGGCUGCUCAUCCGCCUCGACGCCUUCCUCAUCGUCCAUCAGUGGUGCAUUUCCUUCCUCCAGUGGACUGGGUCUGCAGCGCAAUUUAUCCGGAGAUCAACCUCCUGGAUCGCAAGACCGAGGUGGGUCCGGUUCGGGCCCACGGACCCACAUGGGAAAGUACAGCUGCACCUGCUUCGAAGUCGAAUGCAAGUGCUCCCAGGCGGCCAUCGAACUGCUAGGGCCAUUUAGCAGCGGCAUCUCACCGGAUUCCGGCAUCGAGUUUGACCGGUGGACGCCCAGUAGUAAUACACCUAAAUGAGGUUUUGCCGUAGAGAAAACAUUCACUCUUCCAGACCCGAUCCAACUGCCAACCGAAUCAACGUCUUCGAUUGAACCCCCAAUGUGGCCGACUUCCGAGCAGUAGAUUGCAGAAGCCAUGCGCACCAGGUCAGGAUCUGAAAGAGAUAAUGUUUGCUCUACACAGCCAUACAGAGAAAGAAAAUCAAAAUCAGGUUUGUCUAACCCUCACACACGCCGUUUUUGCAACAAAAAAGCAGAUUUUAGUGUAAUCAAUUGAUGUUGGAUUGCUUAAAGGAAUCCAUUUAGAGGAAAAACAAACCAUUGUUUUUGAAUGUGUGACAGGAAGGGAGCAAAUUCCUUCCGAGCACAAACUUUAGAAAACAAUCCACGUGGCAAGCCAUGACCAAGCGCUCAUAUGGGUUGGUGUUGGACAAGCUGAGCACAGUCGACUCAACGGUCACUACGCAACGGCAAUUUUACUCAGCAACCAUGUUUGUUUUUGGAGCGCUUCUCGGGAUCCACGUGGAUUUUGUGUUGUUUUCAUUAUUAGACAUUGAGAGACGUACAGUCAAAUAACAGUUUUUUGGAUCCAAAAUUUAUCUUGACGCAACUGAGUCAGGUCAAAAUAAUUAAAAUUUUAAUGAAAUUGAAACGCAAUUUGUAACACUGAAAAAGUUUUUUUUUUCUAAAACCCCAAAUACCAACCAGUUAAAUGAGCCGAGUUUUAAAGAAAAAGCUUAAAACAUAUGUCUAAACAUGAGCAAAGCCGGAAAGGGCGACAAUUUAUCGCUAUAUUUGUAUUACAUAAGACGCAAACUGCAGGUGCGAUUUGCGACGGAAAAAAAAACUAAAGCAAGUAAACUCAAACUAUUAAAACGUGAAUUAGAACGCUUUUCAAAUUCAACUAGCAAAAUUCAAGAUGCGCAAAUUUUCACCACACAUUUGCGGAAUGUACAAUUUACUAAGGGAUUACGUUAAGUCGAGAUGAUUUAAUCUGAAUGAAUAAGAAUCUUUGAACACGGAUUACAUUUAUUAUUAAAGUAACUUAUGACGAUGAAUUAAAGUUUAAAACUAUACGGAAACAUGGAAAUGACGGAGCCAGGUAAUUUUAGUUCUCUAACAAAAUCUUUUAUUUAUGUUAAUUUUUAUUCUCGAUUAUUGAAUUAAUCCAGCUGCUGCCAAUGGUAGGCAAGCGGCUAGCGCCAAAAUCAAAAACAAAUUACGAAGAAAACCAGUUGAUUAGAUGUUUAUUGAUUAACAGUGUACAAUUAAAACUGCAAAACAAAGCAAAGCCAUUACAAAACAACUAAACGGUAACUGUUGGUUUUACACAAGUUGAUGCGAGAACAAAAGUCUAAUGAAAUCAAUUCUAAUCAACUCAAAACAAAACAACUCAUUAAAACAAAACACAAAGCAAGUCACAAUGUACACUAAAACAAGGAAUCGCAGAAAACACACACAAAUACUUUCACACAAAGUCUAAAUGAAAUUGUUCCCGCGUACUACAUAGAGUAUAACACAAAGUAAAAAAAUAAACAAAAGAAGAAAAACUAAACAUCCGAGCAGGCAGGACUCGACUUUUUUCCAAUAACUUUACAGGAUGCUAUGUGGACUACUAUGGAAGGAAACACUAUAGAAAUAUAUUCAUGAUAUUUAUGUCAAUAGUAA